UGGUUGUUUGGAUUUACAUUUGAUGUUCCCUGAAGAAGGGUUAUUGUUUUUUUUUUUUCUUCCUCAAUCGCUACUUCCUUAAGUACACCUUACACUGAAUAUUGCAUUUUAACAACAUAAAUAAAGGGUUUCCCCCAUGAGAAGAUGAUUUGGUAUCACUGGACUUGAAGGAAAGGAGAUCCUUUUUGGCCUUCUUCAACUGCUAAUCCAAGCUAGCUAAGAGAAGAACACACCUGCAGUGUUGACUGGUUUUUGAAAGAAAGUUAAACUCAAACCAACAGAUCGAGUUGUAAUAUAGUUCGUCAACAAUCAAGCAAUAUGCACAGAAGAGGAGUUGGAGCAGGAGCUAUCGCCAAGAAGAAACUAGCUGAGGCCAAGUACAAGGAGAGGGGUACAGUCUUGGCUGAAGAUCAGAUUGUACAGAUGUCUAAACAGUUAGAAACAUUUAAAACACAUUUAGAAGAGUUCGCCAGCAAACACAAGCAAGAGAUACGGAAGAAUUCACAGUUCAGGGUACAGUUUCAAGAAAUGUGUGCUACAAUAGGAGUGGAUCCACUGGCAUCCGGUAAAGGAUUUUGGUCUGAAAUGCUCGGAGUUGGAGAUUUUUAUUAUGAGCUUGGGGUACAAAUUAUUGAAGUCUGUCUGGCUCUAAAGCACAGAAAUGGCGGACUAAUUACGCUGGAGGAACUUCAUCAGCGUGUUUUAAAGGGAAGGGGGAAAUUUGCUCAAGACGUGAGUCAUGAUGACUUAAUACGAGCCAUUAAAAAACUUAAGGCAAUGGGAAACGGCUUUGGGAUGAUUCCUGUUGGAGGCUCUUAUUUAGUCCAGUCAGUUCCAGCUGAGCUCAAUAUGGAUCACACUGUCGUUCUGCAGCUCGCUGAGAAAAAAGGUUAUGUAACAGUAAGUGAGAUCAAAGACGGCCUAAAGUGGGAGAAAGAACGGGCUUGUCAUGUUCUUGACCACCUGCUGAAAGAAGGGCUGGCAUGGUUGGAUAACCAGGCUGCAGGGGAAUCACAGUACUGGCUACCCGCCCUGUUCUCUGAACUUUCUUCUCAUGAUGUCACACCCGAGGAGGCAAAUCAGAUGACACCAUGACAAUUAAAAAUGAUUGCUAUAUGCUGAGAAUUUGGUGGAAGUAAAGCUUUUAAGUACAUGGAACACUGUAAUUUGAAGAUCUGAAGUCACGUUUUUCAUACAUGUAAAAACUCAAGAGAAAUAAAUAAAGAGAAAGGACAGUUAUUA